AUGUCGUCCCCCAUACCUCCCCCUACGCCACCCAAGAUCGUCCGAUCAUUAUCCCCACCUCCGGCAUCAUCCCCUCGGCGCAAAUCUCCCUCCUUCUCGAACCUUCUUCGCCCUUCCGUCCACUCCACCGACGACAAGUCCAGCUCGUCAGACAGCGGCGCUACCGAGAAGGAGGGUGGCAAAUUGGCAGCCAAAGUCAAGGACUUCUUCAGCAAGGACAAACGGACCCCGUCCUCUUCUUCGCUGCUUUCGGACGCCAGAGGCUCAAAUACUGGUGCAGCGCCCACUGCCGACACAAAGGCACCGAGUACGGGUACGACCGUCACUCCUAGCUCGACGACCAUUCCCCUCCACGCUUCGCUCGCGUCCCCCACACCCAACGUCGCCCCUCUGCCUAGUAGCUCUUCGCAGGCCCAAGGUCCAAGUGUCAGCUCCCCACCUGGUGGACACCCCAUCGCCACCCCUUCACCCGCUCCGGUGCCCGGUUCCAGCUCGUCGCCCACUCCAGGCCUCGUAACAAGUUCCUCCGGUACCUCCAAUGCCCUCCAGAUCUCCAUCACCGGCAAUGACCCCCUUUUCCGCUCGGCCAGCUCGAUCGGCCCCGCCAACGCCCCCGCCGCUCCGACAAGUGGCGACCAGUUCAGGCGCGCGGUCGAGACCGCUCAGACCUCGGUGGACCGGAUGCAGACGGCCGCGGUAUGGCUAGGCUUUGCGGGUCAGGCCUUGUCGGCUGCGAGUGUCUGGCUGCCUAUGGUCGGGCCGGGGGUGCAGGCGGUGGUGCAGAUGCUGGAGAUGGCCAAGGCGGUCGGGAUAGCAAAGGUCGCCGCUUUGCGAUUGGUCGAGCGAUGUGCCGAUAUUCUGUUUGCUGUGAUGAGCAAGCUUCGAACCGAACAUGGCCAAGUCUCGCUGGACUUUCGGCAGGAUAUCAACCGGCUCCUCACGAAUGUCCACAAUACCGCCUUCCUCCUCACCAAGCUCGCCAGCCGACCCUUCUUCAAGCUCUGGCUUCAUGUUGGAGAGGUCCAGGACCAAAUCGCCGAAGCGACAGCGGAGAUCGAGUGCUUCUUCAACAUCUUCCACGUCCAGGCGGCGAUGACGGCGAAUGCGAUGCUAGAGCAGGCGAGGCUGGAUAGGGAGGCGGAUCAGUUGAUACUGAGAGAUAUGAUACAGGAGGGUAUCAAGGACGAGAAUGUCCUCCUUACCAUGUUGGUCAAGAAGGCGGACGAGCAACAAGAAGCGAUCAAGACUCUCCAGCGCGCCCUCGACAAUAUCCGAUAUCAGCAAGGUCAAGCGACCGACUAUGCCCACUCGCCAGGCGGAUCGCCAGAUAUCAACUCAUACUCAGCCCAACUCAUCGAGAGUCCGCCGAGCCUCGCGAUAGGUCUUCCCGGUGCGAAUCCAUUGUGGCUUCCCGGGCCAUCAGGUACCACCGGCCUCGGUUCGGGGCGACAAUCUACAUCGGCAUCCUUCUCGAGCGGCAGGACGGAUACCAGCCACCUCAGCGUCCAGGCGCAGACGAGCGACAAUUCCGCCGAAGCAAUUCAGUCGGGAUCGGUGGAUGAGAUGGGAAAGAAGGUGGGAUCGGCAGAGGCGGAAGGGACCACGAUUACGCCUGCGGUCAAAGCCUUGGGGUUCCGCUCGGCACAGGAUAAGAGUGAUCCGAGACGGAUCUUUAUCGAGAAGGCGCUAGAUGUGCUCCGUCGACGCUCAGCGAGUACGGACUAUGGAGUUCCAGACUGGACAAUCACCUCGCUGGAGAUCACUCACGAGCUUCGCCUAGCAAACUCCUUCUUCUCAACGAUUUGGCGGGGCAAGUGGCAAGGCGAGACGGUGGCCAUCAAGGAGCUACACCGCAAUAUCGACCGCUCACUUUUUAUAUCCGAGGUGGAAGUCUGGCGGCGCCUGCGAAGCAAGCACGUCCUUCCGUUCUUUGGCGCGUCAUCCACGACUGGUCCGCCUCCCUGGUUCAUGGUGUCACCAUAUAUGCAGAACGGGAACGUGCUCAAUCACAUACGCAAGAGCUCCUGGUCUAACGCGGAACGUCGUCAGCGCCUACUCCACCUCGUUCGCGAGAUGGCUGAGGGGAUGGAAUACCUUCACAGUCGAGACAUAUGCCACGGCGACUUUAAGGCCGCAAACGUCCUUGUCAGCGAUAUCGGCGAAGCUCUCAUCUGCGACUUUGGUCUGAGCCGGCUCAAAUCCGACCUCACCAGCCGCUCGGACGAAGAUCCGGAGGCACAUCGCUGCGCCAGCGGAACCAUGCGGUGGCAAAGUCCUCAGCGACUACUCGGCAAGCCACUCACGCCCGCCUGCGACGUCUACGCCUUUGCCGUGACGAUCUGCGAGCUGUACAGCGUCCAGGUCGGCCAGAUCAUCCCGUACGGCUACGUCGAUGACGUCGUCGUCCGGCAGUCGGUACUGGAUGGGCAUCGCCCAGACAGGCCGGACAUACUCCCGAGGCGGCUCUGGGCGCUAAUCGAGCGGUGCUGGGCGCACGAGCCGGAGGACCGGCCUACAUUCGAGAUCAUCGUCCAGGACCUCAUCAGCAUCAUCGAAUCGGACAAGAGUCGGCUCGAGUCGCGGGAGCAGACUCCGAGCACGUCUACAGGCUCCUUUGACACUGCUCCGGAGUCGAUCGUGCAGGAGGAGCAGCAUGUGCUCUCUCCUCAGCUCGCUCAUCGUCCCCUACCAGACGACGACGACUUCUCCUCCUCUAGCGGUUCCAUCCGGUCGAUCCCGCAGCAUCUCGCCAAGGAGAUAUCUUUCGAGUCGGACCGCGCCGAGCGCCACUACCGUCACUAUCUCAAUCAUGACUUUGACGACCGGCUCAGCAUCCCGCUAUGGUUCCCCGCCGAGAUCCCACUCGGCUCGGUCGGCUAUAUCCGUCACGGUCAAUUCGUCCGGCUCCUCGAUGCCACUCGGCCCUCGCCGGAUAUCAAGGAGCUCCCGCCGGUGCUGCAGAUGGAUGAGUUUGCGGCGUUGGCGACCAAGCGGGCGGCGGUAAGUGUGCAGAAUGUGGCGGAUAAGGGAUGGGGACUGGUACAUUCGGCGUGGAUGAACUUUAUCAAGUCGUCGGGCGAGAAGUCUCAGAAAUCAAUCAGUCGUCAAUACCCCUUCCCUCUCAAGCCAGGAGGCAAGCAAGCCGUCCUCGUCGUCGACGAUGCCGACUUUGAGAUCUACAAAUCCCACGCCGAGGCCCGUGCCUACCUCUUAGGCAAUAUCGACUGGAUCCUCAAGUACUUUGGCGACGCCCACCACAUCGCCAAAGAGGAUGUCAUCAUCGUCGUCGGAACGCUAUCGGCCAAAAAUUACGCGAUGGCGGUAUCGCAGUUUGCGCCUCGUACGACGCUCAUGUUCAACGUUCACACCGAGUCGCAGCGGAAGCCCGGGGAGCCAUGGGGGACGUGGACAGUGAAUAGGCAGAGGGUACCGGAGGAGCCGGAUUUGCAGUAUAUCUGCAAGGUGUCGACGGUGGCUGCUGGUCCGAGGGACGCGGUGCUGCUCGCCAAGCUCAAGUUCCCACAGACUGGCGGGGAGCCGGUGCUAUAUCAGUAG